AUGGCCAACGACCUCAAGGUCAUCGUGUCCGAGCUCCACAGCGCCCUCGGCCGGCAACAAUUCGAAGCCGUCAACGACCUCCUCAGUCGCGGCAAGCGCGCCCUCCUCCUGCAGAAUGUCCUGAUUCCCACGCCGUCAGCACCCGCCGAGCUGGUCGCCCAAGCCCGCGAGGUUCUCGAGCUCGGAGCUAUCGCCUCUAUCCGACAGACCGACGCACCCACCUUCACACGAUACUACCAGCAGCUUCAGCCGUUCUACGACCUGGAGCGGGACAGCACGAAUGCCGGCCACGUGGACAUCCGAAACAGCCAGCGCAGCAAGAUCACAGGCUUGUAUCUGCUGCUGCUGUUGAGCAUGGGCGACAGCACGAGCUUCCACACGGUUCUGGAGGGUCUGGUUGAGGAGGCGAGUCUAAAGGGCAAGAGCGUCGAGGAUGAUCCGUUCAUCAAGUAUCCGGUUGAGCUGGAGAGGAAUCUGAUGGAGGGAAGCUACGAUAAGGUGUGGAGGGAGACCAACUCUGAGCGCGUGCCCUCGGAGGACUUUGCGCUGUUCUCGAAUGUCCUGGUCGGAACCAUCCGCAGCGAAAUCGCAGACUGCUCCGAAAAGGCGUACCCGUCGCUCCCCAUCUCCAACGCCAAGAACCUCCUCUUCCUCGAUUCGGAGGGCGCCGUGAUCGAGUUCGCCCAGCAGCGCGGCUGGGUCCUCCGUGACGGCCGCAUCUUUUUCCCCGUCGAACCCGAGGCGGCUGCUCGGUCCGAGAAGGAUAUCCUCGUGGCCAGCGGCACGAUCAUCGAGAAUGCGAUCGGCUAUGCGCGCGAGCUGGAGACGAUCGUCUGA